AUGGCUUGCCCCCAAUCUCCAGCUUCUGAUGCUUCAUCGGAUCUGUAUGCAGAGGUAGAUACGUCGUCGCAGCGCAAUUUGCCUGAGCCUUUACGCCAGCACAUUGCUUCGCCAGCAUCCUUUCCGAUGUAUGAUGAUAGUCCUGUUCCACCCCCAGCACAGACAAAAGGCAAGCGUAGAUUUGGCGACGAGGACCACCAGCCCCAAGCACCGCUGAAGAAGCGCAAGCUUGUACUCACCCCAGAACGUUACUUCUCACCUGCAGUUCCACAAACCGCCAACCUACCUGCUGAAGUAUGGCAGUAUGUAUUCUUACAUCUUACUCCGGACAAUCUCAGUCGUUGCUUGCGUGUCAGUCGCCUGUUUCGCUCCUAUCUGACCGAUCUCACCGCAUCUAUGAGCAUACGCCUGCCACAUCGUCGCAAUGGCCUUAAACUCAUAGACAGCGAGGGCAUCUGGACCUCGGCGCGGAAAUUUUUUGCGCCAAACCUCCCCCGUCCCCUUGCUGGUUUUACCGAGAUGCACAUGUUUCAGCUUCUUGGGGGUAGGGAUUGUCAAGCCUGUGGUGCUUUCCCAUUGCAGCCCAACCAGCCGACCACUCCAUUCGAUGCUGGUCCUGGACUUGGCGGCGUGCGUAUCAUUUGGUCCUUCUCUGCUCGCCUCUGUUCUGAGUGCUUCGAGCUGUACUCUGUCAAGGAUGUUGACGUCGUCGUAUCUCCUGUUAAUCCAUUGAGAGCUGGUCUGCCGUAUGCCUUUUGCACACCCGAGAUGCAUUACAUUCCUGCUACAUUACAAGCCCAGGCUGCUGCUUCCAUCAAGGGCGCAAUGUUCAAGGUGUACUCACAGAAACACAUUGAUGAUCUUCAACAAGAACACCAGAAUGCUAUGGAGUUCGGCGAUGCUGCUGCCGAAGAAUGGGUCAAGGGAUUGCCGUUACUCGGGAAACAGCAGAUGGCUGAUGCCGCUCGCUGGGAGAGAUGGGAAUCCCAACUCACCCUCGGCUCCGAUAUUUUCACAGUGCUAAGGGAGUAUUUCCGUUCAUAUUCUGUUCCAAUGAUAGGUGAGGCUCCAGACGCUGUUGAAUUCGCUCCAGAGGCUGCAGUUGCAACCCCCACAGUGAGUGCAACGUCGCUACCAGCGCCUCCUUCAGCUCAAAUGAAACAUCCGCUACCAGCUCGAGUAGUUGCUGUCCCCACUGCGACUCAGCCUAUCGCCAACGCCCAAAGUCCGCAACAAUCGAGCAAAAAAGAGUGGCGCCCACCUCGUAAUCUGAAGGAGGUGAACGAAGCGAGAGCUUCUCGACGAGCCGACAUAGAACGACGCUGUUAUAUUGAAUUUCAGCCACCGCUCAUGCCGAAUGUCCUCCAACAUAUGGAGUCGUUCCAUGCUGCUAUGCAGAUUACUACUCCUUUGACUGACAGUGCGUGGGAAGUUCUGAAACCUCGUCUCUACACUCAAAGAGACGCCGCCGAGCAGAUCGAAUACUACCGAGAAGAACAAAUGCGUGCUCUUCAGGCGACAAUACCGGAUCCGGCGUACCCCAUGUACAGUCAGCCGGUUGACCCCACAGUUCUUCAGCGUCAAUAUGAAGCAGCUCAAGCUCCCAUACGAAAGAAGCUUGGCAUGUACGCAGAAGAUUUGAUCCGCAUAAAGUGGAAGAAAGGCAAGAUUCUGACGCGGGACAACUGUCCCGAGUUCGCUGUCGAAGUUCUUCUCUACGCCAGGAACAGAUUCCUUGAGGUCGAGAGGCCGCAUAACCUGCCACAAGAUCACAUGACUGAGGAAACCGACCCUUGGUUUGUGAGCUUGGAAAACAUGCGGUGGCUUUACGAUCAAAAAGUCAAGACAAAUACUGACAGGCAUUUGCGCGAGCUUUUCCACUGUGCCGAGUGCGGAUCACUUGGAAAGUCAUACGCCUUCGAAGGUAUGAUUCAACACUAUGGUGCAAAGCACACAACCGAGUUCAGCCGAGGCAAUAUUGUUGUGCAUUGGCAGAGUGCUGAAUGGCCAGAAGAGUGUCCUCUGGUACCUUGCAACGGCGCAACUCCCGAUCCGACCAUGCCUCCCAAACCGGCCAAGAAAGCCCCGGACGCUGUUGAGCUUAACCAGCACAAGUCAUUAGAAGCCAACAUGAACACAGCUCAAGACCCAUACCACAAUGUUCCGGGUUAUCAGAAUGGCUCACCGUGGCCCGCAGCGGGAGAUGGAAGUGCAUACGAUCUGUCUGGGUAUCCAGCUUAUUCGUCAGACGCCCAGGCGCAUUACGCUCGAUACGGCUACCCGUAUACUCAGACGGGUGCUCCAGCAGAUCCUCGCCAUUCACAUGGUUAUUACCCUCCUGCUGUUGAUCCUGGAAGCCUAUAUCAAGGUCAAGUCGACAGCAUCGCCAACAUUGGAAGCGAUAUUUGGGACACCACUGCUGGAAUCACAGGCUUGGAAGAAAGUGUCAGAGUUCAUACAGUACUGCAUCUUGUUGUUUCGAGAUUCAAAUCUCAGUUUGGCAGUGAACCUUCGCUAGAUAUGCUUAACGAUGCCCUCGUCAACCACUCUCUGAUGCGUCCCAUUAGGGAUGCAAGUGGAAUGGCCUGCAUGACCUGCAUAUCCAGCAAUCUCGACGGAUUCCUGGCCUUUAAACCCUACGCGAAACGCAUUGCAGACUAUAAGCUGUAUAACACCUCCUCAAUAAUCACACAUUUCAGGACGGUCCACCUGGGAAGCGACUCUGGACUAGACUGGAAAGAGGAUAUGAUCGAGUUGCCUGAAGAUGAUAACAUUCGACAGCUCCUGAUAGCUGUUGGAAUGAACGAUGAGAAACUUGGCAUGAUCGCCGAAGUCUUUCCCAAGCUUUUCCCCAACCCACUCCCAAAAAUUGGUGAGAUCAAGGAGACCUUCAAGCCACUUCCCAAAAAGGAGCCGAGAUCCCGCGCGAACCAGAAGAAGAAUAAGAAACAGAAAAAGAGCAGCGCACCUCAUCCUGCUACUCUAGCGCAAGGAGAGACCUCGGAAGAGCAGUCCGAUGCUCUACCAGAAGCCGCGGAGGACGAGUAUGAUCCUCGGCGUCCAGCUUUCAUUGAGCGCGGUGCCAAAGGCUUGGGUCAAGGUACAAAGAAGCCUCAUAAUGACAGUCAUCGUCAACAGCCAUCGGUUGAUCUCACACAACUUGCGCCAGAGACCCUGGAAGCUCUCAGUCGGUUGCGACCAUCCGAUCCAGAAGUGCAGAAGGCUCUCGCUGGUAGGACUGUAAGGAGUCCUUCCGUACCCAGAGCUAACGGCUCACAUCCUCCACCGGUGGACACCAGUCGACACAAUCGCGGGGCAUUCGAAGCCAACUUCGUGCCCGCUUAUCAGCCACAGCAAGCCCGAGAAGCCAACACACGCUCGAAUGGUCGACAUGAUCGUGCUGGCGAUGAUGAGCCAGCUGAGGACUACACUCAGAUCAUCCGUACUCCUGCCAGCGGGCCAUACGGCCAGCAUACCGCUGCGGGCCCUAUGCUCUCAGUUCCACCUCAAGAUCGAUAUGUCCGACUAGACUCCCGUGGUCAGCCAACGGAACGCCCGAGGUACGAAUCAGUCCCUUUUGGCUAUGAACACGAUCCGCGUGCAGGUCAACAAGAAUACUAUCCAGGUCCUGGGUUCAGGACAGAACACCCCCCUCCUGUCUCUUAUGCUUAUGAGCCAAGACCGGAGACAGUCUAUGUUGACCAAUACGGCCGACCCGUGGAAGUCGUGCGCGUAAUCGAGCGUCAUCCUCCUCCCAUGUACGAGUACCCUCCGCACCAACCCGAUUAUUACCAUCGAGAGGAGCCGCACGCGCGAUAUGUCUACUAUGAGCAGCCACCUCACGUUGCCCCUGCUGCACCGCAACCAGGAUAUGCAGGGCCACCCAGAGCAGACUAUGGACAACCGACUGGCCACCCAUCAAGAUACAUGUACGAUGAUGGAAGAGCGUCAGUCCCUCGCAAUUGA